ACAGAUUUAAUCAAUUCAACACAGAGAAGAAGAAGGAAGCAAUGGCAUCGUUGUGCAGAUCAGCUCUGAUGGCCGGCUCCAGAUCCAUAUCAUCUCGCUCCAGAACCCUCACCCAGAGCUCCCUCAACGCCCUAAACCCCAAACCCAUGUCCUCUCCCUUUGCUUCCUCCACCAAACCCAUGUCUAGCGCCACAAGGUUCGUUUCGGUGUUGGGAAGCUUGGAAUCAAUGAUGCCACUCCACAGUGCGGUUGCUUCUGCUCGCCUCAAGUCCAACAUUGCCUUCGAUUCCACCUGCUGGAGUUGCCUUUCUCAGGGGCUUAUCGAUCCCAGCUGAACAUGAAAAUCUAACCAAGCAACCUGGCAUCGCUUCGAUCAAGUUGUACCGUACUGAGCUUCCCCUUACGGUGCAGAAAUUGCUGUUUCUUAGACAAUUCCCUGAUCAAUUUUGAUUUUACUUGGAACUAUUACAGACCCAUAAUAUUGUUAUGACACAUAAUGUAUGCCUGGACAGAAGAACUAAAACUUGUGAACCCAAAUAUAGGAACCGUGCCUUUUGUUUGUAUCGUUAGUACUUAGUACUGCUUAGUGAGGUAUCUAUCUCAUCAGCUCAUUUGAGAUACGUGUGACGAGCCAUGGCAUCAAGCUGAAUUUGGCUAAUAAUGUAUUAUUGAUGCUCUAAGUUUAAUUUAAGUUUGUUUUCACUGAAUUGUGAA